AUGGCCUCAUCCAGUUCUACCCAGGCUGCUCCUCCAGCCGCUGCUGUUUCUGACGAUACAGAUAUCGAUGUGGAGACAAUCCAAAGCACCGUAGAUAUGUCCAUGUCGCUUGCACUUAGCCUGGUUCAAACUUGGAUGCCCUCCUCCUUGGCCGCGCCUCUCAACCAGUCUGUUGUCCAAUCUCGUAAGAGACUUGAGGAAUACAUGAGGCGCCCACCCCGUCUGGGGGUCGGGACUCCUAUCCCUACGGCCCAGAACGCCCAGUUGACACACCAUGAGACCCAAAAGCUCAAAAACAGACUGGUUGGAUCCGGUGCAGCACGUCGCAAAGCACAAGAAGAAACUAUGCUCAACGUAGCGGGAUCUAAGCGACCUGGAGGGACCAAUGAUGAUGAGGACGAGUCCGAAAGCCGUGGAAAGGGUGGAAAACAUUCCAAGGUCAAGUCCGAGGAUAAACUCCAAUCGCAAGAUAACACUAUUGCGGUUACUUCCAUUACGGCCCUCUCCCCACGGCAAAGAACUCCACUCAUUCCUACCAGCCCCACCAGUUCACCUAGCUCCACUCUCAAAACUAGCCCGGAGCCCAUACCGGCCGCUAACGCCGGUACGGAAAGAAAUUCUAGCCCAUAUACUGGACCAUCGGUGACUCAAGCAACCCCGGAUGAACCGAUGGGUAUUCACAAGCUCCCGGCAAAACUUCCCCUUGCAGCCAAAAUAUGGCCCCAGUCACCACCCCAGAACAAGAGACGGAAAACACUCGCCGCCAUGCUUCCCCCACCAUCGCCUUCGCAUAACACUUGGAGUAUGGUCUUACCAAGGCUUCCACCCUCGCGGUCGGCCUCCGAGUCGGUCGCGUCUUCGUCUGUGCCAAGCAGCAGUGCUACGACCGAGCCCGGCCCAGACUCAGCCACGCGGUUGUCUCGAAAGGAGCGAAAGAGACUACGGAAAGCUGCACUCCAAACCGAAACUCAGGAAACUGUCCCCCGGAAUUAUCAGGAUCACCCUUCAGACCGAGGCUCCAUGUCAGAAAGUAAGAGCCAAGGGGCACACGUACCUUCCCCAGAUACCGGUGCCGUGGCUAUGAAGGCCACGAGUACACCGCGGCACGACUCUUCCGAUGCCGAUUCAGAUGAUUCAGACAGAGGUGAUGAAGAGUUAGAGGAAAUGGUAUCUCGUGCGAGUGAUGAACACAGCAGAGUAGGAGCACAAGAUGAUACAGUACAAGACGGAGGCAAAAAGAAACGAAAGCGAAGAACGAGGAAAAACCUGGGUCCAGCUGAAGCGGCCAGGACAUAG